AUGACAAUCAUGAAUGUUAACAACAACAACAAUAAUAAUAAUCAACGUUUUUUCAAGUUAGGAAAAUUUAUUAAAACAUACAACACUAAGAAUGAAGACCUUGAGAAAGUAGUUGAAGUCAAGACGACUCUUCUCGGAAAGUUAACAAAGAGAUUUGUAAAAACGACCAAGAUCCAUUCCUUGAUCAAGAAACAGGACGACCCUGCUGACAAGCUCUGUGUGUCCUCAUUAAAGAGCGUUCCUGAACGGUCUUCUCUUUCCUCCUCUUUGUCAGUCAAUGACUGGCAAGUUCAUGAAGAGUUGAAAAAGCCGAUCGCUCAUCGCCAAGCAGAGCUUUGGAAAGAAUUUGCUGUUGUUGGCACCGACAGCAUUCCUGGUCCAGCAACUAAUGGCAGGUUACCAGCUUCCUGGAGAGAAAGCAUGAUUCUUUCCGGAAAGGUCAAGAUAUUGGAUGCAAUGAAUGAUAAAGAGAUCAAAUACCAGGAGUUGAUACAUGAGAUCAUUUAUACUGAACAAUUGUAUGUACAUGAUCUCAUUUUGAUUCAUGAGAUUUUUAUGAAGGAAUCCCGUCAGUUUAAUGGAUUACCUUCUUCAGUAAAGAUUUUGUUUGAUAAUGUCACCGAAAUCAUUCAAGUUCAUUUGAAUAUGUUAAAGCUUGAUUUUUUCUCGUUAUAUUCUGUUUAUUUUGACAUUUUUGAAGAUGCUACAAAUACAAUUGAAGAUUGUAUUAAAUCAAAGAAUGAAUUUGGCUUAUUCUUAGCACGUCGUUCGUUAUGGGAAGAAUGCAAGAACUUAUCUUUAACUGCUUACUUAUUGAAGCCUAUUCCAAGGAUAAUGGCGUAUCCUUUAUUCUUCAAAUCUUUACUUCGAUGUGUGCCUGAAACAGAUUAUAUACAUGAAGAUAUUCAAUCCUGCUUGGCAAAGUUGGAGAGAAUGCUUCGUUACUUUGAAGAAAAGAGGGCAGAUGAGGAUGAUUAUAAGAAACUCGUAGAUCUUGAGAACCGUAUUGUUGGAUUAGAUGGCUCAUCUCCAGUUCAUAUUGCGAAAUAUGGUAGAAAAUUGAUUUAUGAAGGUUAUCUCGACACUACUACCCCUAGUCCAAAAAGAUACCAAGAUCAUCAGCUAUCAGAACAAAUUCAAGAAGCUUUGGUUGAUACUACCACACAGUCUCUUUUUAAAAGAAAUAAUCGCUUCCCUAGAAUUAUUCGAAAGAAGCAAGUUUAUGUAUUCUUAUUCAAUGAUUUAGUUGUUUGCACUUAUGAACGUAAUAAAAAGAAAAAAUCAAAUAUGAAGGGUCGCAAUUUACGUAAGAGGCUGUUUUAUGGUCCAUCUGCAGAUACGCUUUUCAAGCUUGCUCAAGUUGCAGGCAAUCUUCACUCGUUUGAACGUGAAUCUGGCACUUGCUCCUUCAAGCAUCCUUCAUUAUUUCAACCUAUUACUGAUUUUAUCUCUAAUGUAUUCCACACAAAUAACAAUGACUCUAAAAGGGUUAGAGACUAUAAGAAACAACGCCAUGAUAGUGAACAAGUAUCAGUAUUACAAAAGAAGACAUUAGGAUUUAAUUGUAUGAUUGAAACAGCUAGUAAUAAUGUCUCUACUCAAGUAAGUUUUAUUGCCGAUUCAUUUGAAACAAAGGAUACUUGGUGUGGCUAUCUAGAAAACAUUAGAGUUGAAUACUUGAAUAAUGCCGCAAAUAAUGUAAAUGAAUACGAACUUUAUAUUCAACAAAAAAUCAAAUUUGCUCAGGAGUCGCUUCUUUCAUUUAAUGAUCGUUCAACUGAAGUAUUCCCUGACUCAACUUGUACAAUAUGGAUUAACGAAAAUACGAAAUUAGACAAUGAUGAUUGUUUCUCUAAUUUGAAGAAUAUUACAUAUGAUAUAAAGCUUCCAGUUGAAUUUGAAGGUUUCUUGAAGAAUACUUUUAAUAAUAGAAUUUGGACUUCCAAUAUUUCUAUUCUUUUGUGA